AUGUCUUAUCGGUAUAAAACUUUCUCCGAGUAUAGUUCCAGCGCUAACGAGAACAAGUAUAAAUUCAACGCGGUUGAAUUGAAAAGGCUUUGGAGACGAACGCCUACUGUUGCACAACUUCCCGCAAAUUGCACAAACAGUCUUUUGUCGAUAUCAAUCAUAACCAUGAAGCUCUUUCGGAUCGUUUACAUCACAUUCCUCGCUGCUUCCGGUGCCGGUGCCGGUGCCACUAGGGCGAUGACAGCAUUGCCUCCUCAAAUAUCCUGCAUAGGCCCAUGCAUUUCCUCUAAAGAAUCUUUGAACUGCCCAUCAGGGACAUCGCCUUCCUGGAUGGUUACGUGCUGGCGGUGCUGUGGCCAAGCUGGUUGA